AACCUUGAGUGGCCAUUCCUUCCCCGUUGCUAGGCUACCCGCGAAAACAUCCACUUUCCUGAAGCGGCUGACCUCUCCGCUACCUUCCUUCGCCAGCGGGUCCCUCCCGCCAGGAUGGUGGGAGGGAUCCCAGCCAAGGGGAUCGUCAGGCAAGCUUAUCCGGGAAAGUUUGUCGACCGAUUUCCCGAGCUCCCGACAGUGAGUUUUCUUAGCGCACACAAAACUUGCCAUCUCUCCCUCUUCCCCACACCCACUACGCUUUAUAAAGAUGCCUCAUUGACAGUCGCUCGUCCCUUCCACUGCCUUUCCUCCGAUUCCUCAAACAACUCCAGACGCCGGCAUGGACAAGGACGGCUCGUUUGGGUAGCACUCUGUGAAACCUUGGCGAACUACUGCUGGUCAGAAGGCUUAGUCAUGUGUAAUCCUAAAUAUGCGUGCUCAGAAGCUGGAAAGCUGAUAUCAGUUGGAGAAACAGUUGGUGGUUGUCUCACUGAAACUUAUCGGCCAAUUACUCCACUUGUUGUAAAAAAGUUUCGAGACACCAGCAAUCCUCCUACUGGUGGGGAAAGAAUAUUUUAUGGCCGAGCAAAUGAUCCUGAUAUUGUAUCACAUUUGACACAUGGGAUAAAAUCCAUCAAGUCACACUCUGUAGCAUCCCUGGCAAAUCCACCUCCGAAAACCUGCUUUCAGCAGAAACUUAAAGAGAAGAAAGAAUCUAUUUACUUAAGCACUCGUGAAAUACCUCUUGGGAGAUCCCAUGAUCAGUCAUUAAGAUUACCCAAAGGCCUGGAUGUGACUAACACUCGAUUUGGAGUAACAACCCUCAGAGAGGGUCCUGGUGGAGAGGUUAUAAACCCACCAAAGACGUUUGAUGAAGUCCAAAGGGAUGCAGAACAAGGACAUGAAUUAUAUGUUGUAACGCACAAUGAUUAUCAUGUUGGGGAGCCAAUGAAUAGAAAAUAUAACCCAUCUACAUUCAGCAGAUUAAAUCUUUAUGGAAAGGAAACACCACACUUCAAUGAUGGACGAAAUGUAGCUAGAACUUUACGCUGGCUCCAUGAUCUACAGAUGAAGAAAUCAGCAAAAAUAGUGUCUAAGAUCAGUGAUGAUUUCAAGGAAAAAUUUCAGCCCCAGCUUGGAAAAGUCCUUGAUCCCAUAGCAGAUACUCUCAAUGUUCCUCCAGACCAUACAUUUGGAGUGCUUGUUCGUCCUGAAGAAUACGGUGCUGGGGACCUUCUUCACUAUAGACUUCCUAGUGAAUUCCUCCGUGGUAAAGACAGAGAGCGGGCCGUCUUCACUGCAAUUCGUCAGCAUUUGAAGAAAGCUAAUUACCACAACUUUGACACAUUAUUGCAAGCAUUCAGGCAUUAUGAUAAGGAUGGUGAUCGGAAAAUAAGCAGAGAUGACUUGAAAAAGGCCUGCUUUCAGUUUAAUCUGGACUUGGAUGAAGAGCUCCUGGAUGCUUUAUUUAAUUACUGUGAUUUGGAUAAAGAUGGUUUUAUAAACUAUCUGGAGUUUGUGAACUUCCUUAACUGGAAAGACAAAAUGUCUGUUCGAGAGUAUGAAGAAAAAAUAAUCACAAAAGGUAAAAGGCUAGGUCCCUUUGACCUCAUUCCACCAGAAGGUGCAGAAGCCAAAGCGGAUGAAGAGGCUGUGCUGAAGAAGCAAGACAUAGUACUAAAGGAACCGGGAAGCACAGAAAAGACACCCAGAACACUUUCAAGACAAACAGAUCGUGUAUUUUCUGACUACCGCACAACCUCUUCUCAAUAUAAUGCAGUUGUAGGAGGCAUUCCCUCAGCAUAUUACCCACUAUUUGGUGUUCCAAGUGUUCGUGCAGACAUUCCUGCCCCUCGAUUUCGCCGCAUCAGUGACAACACCAAUUAUGGCGAUCAAGCCUCUACUUAUGCACUGUUAUACCCCUCUAUCUAUAGUAAUAAAGGAGUGUAUGAGAAAGACUUCUUCAAGAUAAGAUCAAAAGAAGAGAUUGCACGCAUUUUGCGCAACAUUGGCGUGAGCCUUUCGGAUGAAAGUUUUGAUGAAGUGUGGAGGCAGGCCUGCCUGAAAGAUCACAGAGGAGAAGUUUGUGUAGAAUCCAUCAGAAAUGUCCUGGAUGAGAUGCAGGCAGCACACAUCAAAAGCAGAUAGUGAUGGUUCUUUGUGCUCUGUGGUUUUAAAUUGAUUUCAUUUGAGGUAGUAUAUUAUCCCUAUAUGAAGUGGAUUCUCCCUUUAUGACUUGGUUUGCAAAAAAAGAAAGAAUGCAGUGCAUAUAAAUGUGUAUUUACUGAAAAUAAAAAACAGUCCUUUUUUAACAGUGAGAACCACUUAAAAGAUGAUCUGAC